GCUAAUGUGUCCUAAAACAGGCUUUACAUUAGCACAACGUGCUCGCUCGCGCUUAUCGGGCUUCUUCUAUCACAGCAUCACAACUAAAUACUAAAACGGCAAAGUGGGAAACGAAGUGAUCUUUUAGUAAAACAUGGAAGAGUCCAGAGGAAGGGAUUUCGAGGAAGGAUCGGAUUUCUCGCCUCGAAUCGCUACUCGUGCAACGCCGAGUAAUCUCCCUAUAGUAGAUAAUGAGGGCAAUAUUGAGAUGCAAAAUCUAGGGCCUGAAGUCGAAGUCGUAGACGAAAGAGAGAAAUGGGGGAACAAGAUCGACUUUCUCCUGUCGUGUAUUGGGUUUGCAGUGGGACUCGGGAAUGUGUGGAGGUUUCCUUAUCUUGCCUAUACUAAUGGAGGAGCCGUGUUCCUGAUCCCCUAUUUCAUCAUGUUGGCUGUGAAUGGAAUACCGCUGUUCUACAUGGAGCUCGCUGUAGGGCAGUACCUAAGCCUCGGUACCGUGGGGGCAUGGACAGCCUUGUGCCCCAUGUCACGUGGAAUUGGUUUUGCAAUGAUCAUGAUCUCGUUUCUGGUGGGCAUCUACUAUAACAUCAUCAUCGCCUGGGUUGUGCUCUUCCUGUUUCAAUCAUUCCGCGCUGACGUCCCUUGGAAGACGUGUGACAACCAAUGGAAUACGCGGUUUUGCAAAACAAAGCGAUUUGGCGCGAACAACACCAUAAACUGCACAGCCCUAGGUCUUAGUGACGGAUGUUCACCUGACUGGAAGUCACCGUCAGAAGAGUUUUUCAACAACAAGAUCCUCAGGAUCAGCGACAGUAUCACGGAGCUCGGCUCAGUGGGCUGGGAGGUGGCCUUGUGUCUACUGCUCGCCUGGAUUAUGGUUUACCUGUGUCUUGUCAAGGGAGUCAAAUCAUCCGGCAAGGUUGUGUAUUUCACCGCCAUCUUUCCCUACGUCGUGCUCGUCAUCCUGUUUUUCAGGGGGGUCACGCUUGAUGGUGCGGGGGAUGGGGUGUUGUUCUACAUCAACCCAUCGUUUGAGAAACUAGGUAACCCGGAGGUCUGGGUGAGGGCGGCCACUCAGAUCUUCUACUCACUUGGUGUCGGCUUUGGAUCACUCAUCACGUUUGGAAGCUACAACUCAUUUCACAACAACUGUGAAAGGGAUGCGAUCAUCGUGUGUCUUAUCAACUGUGGGACGAGUUUCUUUGCGGGUUUUGUUAUCUUCAGUGUUAUGGGAUUUAUGGCGUUUAACCUAGGGACUACAGUUGACAACGUCGCUGACAGUGGUCCAGGUCUAGCAUUCGUCGCGUACCCUGAGGCCAUCUCUCAGAUGCCCGUGUCGACGUUCUGGGCCAUCUUGUUUUUCUUCAUGUUACUUACGCUAGGACUUGACAGUCAGUUCGCCAUGGUGGAGUGUGUGGUAACAGGACUGUCGGAUGAGUACCCCAAGUAUCUUCGCAAGUACAAAUUGGUCUUUCUCAUCCUGCUCUGCGUCUUUGAGUUGCUACUGGCGAUACCCAUGUGUGCCGAGGGCGGUAUGUAUGUGUUUAACUUAUUUGACUACCAAGCUGGAGGAAUUUCCCUACUCUUCGUGGGAUUCUGUGAAGCCCUGGUAAUAGGUUGGGGAGUAGGCACCGAGAGGCUAAGUAGAAUGAUCGAAACGAUGACGGGCAAGCGACCCAGUUUCUUUUUUCUUCUUUGCUGGAAAUUCAUCUCACCUAUUUUCACCAUGGCUAUCAUUGUCGCUCAGCUUGCUCUAUGGAGUGGUAUCAGUUAUAACAAGAAACCUUACCCUGACUGGGCCGAGGCAAUUGGCUGGCUAAUGGCGCUUUCGUCCAUGCUUUUAAUUCCUCUAUUCGCCAUCAUCGAGACUUGUAAAGCCAAAGGAUACACCUGGCGUGAUAAAAUCCGUAGCGCCCUCAGCCCCGACAUUGAAGUAUUCCGAGAAGUAGAAGCCAGAGAGAAAGUGACAAAACUCAGCAAACCCAUAGUCUAAAGUACCCUGAAGAGUGAACCACAGACUGAAGCAUGUGCUAGUGAAACUCGAUUUCAUGAAUUUUAUGUACAUAAACUUUUUGUACAUAUGUAUUUCUCAUGUUUUACCUGAAUGGAAAAUUGAUGCAAAAGAAUUUGUUCAUUUUAUAGCUUUUUAAAGUUAUUUUAUUUGCCGUAUUAAAAAAAAAUACGCAAACGGUCUUAUAGAAACAACGUUGAACGUUUAAAAUGUAAAUACUUUUACCGUUUAAAUAAAUAAAGUUUGCUCGAUA